ACUGCCGAGGCUGCUUUGGUGAAGGGUUAUUUCUCGGCAGGUCUCUCAUUUUCAGUUGAACUUCGCGAGUCACGCCGCACUUUACGGAACUAGCCAGUAGAGUCACACAGUGGAAACUAGGGCGACGGUCUCAGGAGGACAGAUCCCAGACUUUCCAGAACCGAUAGCAAUCGUGUUUAAAACGAACCCCAACGGGUGGCUGCUUGGGGAAUCUCGGUGUCUAGUUAGGCGUUGUUGCAACAUCCGGCCUAGCAGCCCUAGCCUGUUUGGGAGGGUCACGCGAGACACAGUCUAAGCCCCGUGGUGAUCUCCAUAUCUGUACAAGAGACCGACCUCGUACGGCGUUGCUUCCCAAGAGAAGCGAGCGAGGGACCUAGCGAGCGGCAUUACAAGAGACCUAGCUCGCCGUAAAUCCCCACAUCGCAUCAACAUAUCACACCAUUUUUUCUGGUUUUGAACGUCGGAACGGAGAGGCGAGACUAAGAGGAGAGGCGACAGGCGGCGACAUGAUAAAGGCGGUGCUGAUAAUCAACAACCAAGGGAAGGCUCGCUUCGCGCGCUUCUACGCGAACAUCAGCGGAGAGAGGCAGCAGCACAUAAUCCGGCACUCCUUUGAAGCUGUGGCCUGCCGCCCGUCCACUUGGUCAAAUAUCCUCGAGGACUCAAGCAAAUUUGGCAAGAACAUCAAGCUGGUGUACCGCACAUUCGCCACGCUCUACUUCAUCUUCCUCGUCGAUAGAGCUGAGAACGAGCUUGCUGUGCUGGACCUCAUUCAUGUGUUUGUGGAGUCCUUGGACCGCUGUUACAAGAACGUGUGUGAGCUGGACAUAGUCUUCAAUUUCACCAAGGUGCAUCAGAUUUUGAACGAGAUAGUGAUUGGCGGGCAGGUGCUGGAGGUGACUGUGGACGAAGUGCACAGAGCUGUCCAGGAGAUAGAGAGGCUGGAGCGCAAGCCAGACACGCCCGCCACACAGCUGCGCCCAAGAGGCGCCCCUCUGCUCUCCUGAUUAGACGGGUGUUUCUGACUGCUCUCUUGAUUCAAGGGUGCCUUCUACUGCUCUCUGGAUUCGACGGGUGCCCUGCUGCUCUCUUGGUUGCAGGGUUAUUCCUAACUGCUGCUUGGUUGUGUUUGUUCCACAGUUCAACUAGAGAAUUUUCAGACUUACUGGUACACAAGACAUCCUAAUUCUCCUAGUUUCUUAGCUUCUAGCAAUGAGUAUGGGAAGAUACCAGCUGCGCAAAGCUAGAGUAGAAUAUGUAAAAAUACUAGUAGUGUCACUCGAGAGCAGCCAGGGUAGACAUAAUCUCUCAUUCCAUACUGACCUAGACUCUUCCAACAAGUUUCUGUCAAACAUGUACUGGACUUGUGUCCUCUCACAGUGGUUGGACUAGUAGUGCCGCCCUGUACUAGUUCUUGCCUUGUCUGUACUCCUUCUGACUGGUCUUUUAGACCCUUGUCUCAGAGGCUGGACUAGUAGUGCCACCCUGAGCUGCUUGUCUAGAACAUUCCCCUAUGC